UCGGUCUCUAACUCUCUGCUAUGUACGUAGAGAUGGGCUGUCUAGCCAUUGCCUUGGUUUCUUUCACGGUUAUUUUUAUUUCCAUAAUUUGGCAGAUUUGCAGGAUUCUGUUUUGGAGGCCUUACGUAGUGACUAAAUGCUUUCGGAAACAAGGAAUCAGAGGGCCUCCUUACUCACUCCUUUCGGGCUCUCUGCAUGAAAUCGAGAGGCUGAAGAAUGCUGCAAGAGGGAGAGUUCUGGAAACAAGUUCAAAUGAUAUUAUUCAGAGGGUUGUUCCUCACUACCAUAGAUGGUCCUUAGACUAUGGAGAUACGUUUCUGUAUUGGUUUGGAACACAGCCAAGGAUCUGCAUUUCUGAUCCAGAACUGGCCAAACACAUUCUAUCAAACAAAUUUGGUUGCUUCAUUAAACCUAUGACAAGGCCUCUGCUAGAAAAAAUGGCAGGGAGGGGACUAGGCCUGGUUAAUGGAGCUGACUGGGUUAAACACAGAAGGAUCACCAGUCCUGCCUUCACCUCAGGCAAGCUCAAGGUUAUGAUGAAGAGGAUGACAGAAUGUACAUUAUCCAUGCUUCAUGAGUGGAAAAAUCAGAGUUUGGUAGCUCAUAACCAAUGCAAGAUGAUAGAAGUGAAUGGAGAAUUCAGGAAGUUAACAGCUGAUAUAAUUGCCCAGACUGCUUUUGGCACUAGCUAUGUCCAAGGGAGGGAGGUCUUCGAGGCACAAAGAGAACUCCGCCAGUGUUGCAGAGCUUCCAUUGCAGAUAUUCUGAUCCCUUGGAGCCUAUACCUUCCUACCCCAGAAAAUCUUGGUAUAUGGAAGACAGAGAGGAGACUGAACAAGGCAUUGAGGUCAAUCAUAGAGAGCAGAUUGAAUUCCCAGGUUUCCAGAAGCUCAGAUUCAGUCCAUGGAGAUAAUCUACUCGGGCUGAUGAUCGGAGAAUCGGAAGCUGCUAAAACAAAACCAGGCCUCAAGUUGAGUAUGAAUGAGAUCAUAGAAGAAUGCAAAAUGUUCUUCUUUGCAGGGCAAGAUACCACUUCCACUUUGCUAAGUUGGACUGUGUUCCUGUUAAGCUCACACCAAGAAUGGCAGGACCGCCUCAGGCAAGAGGUGUUGAAGGAAUGUGGGAUGGGAAUUCCUGAUUCAGACAUGCUGGCCAAGUUGAAACUGGUGAACAUGGUUUUAUUGGAAGUUCUGAGACUGUAUAGCCCAGUGAUAACAACAUUCAGGAAAGCAUCCAAAGACAUAAAAUUUGGGGACCUGAUAAUCCCAAGAGAUACAUGCAUAUCAAUUCCAGUAGUGAAGAUACAUCGGAUGGAGAAAUACUGGGGAGAAGAUGCAAAUGAGUUCAAUCCUUUGAGGUUCUCUAAUGGAGUCUCUGAAGCUGCAAAACACCCAAAUGCACUAAUUGCCUUUGGAAUGGGCCCAAGAGCUUGUAUUGGUAAAAAAUUUGCAAUGUUGGAGGCAAAAAUAGUGAUUGUCUUGAUGCUUCAGAGGUUUUCUUUUUUCCUCUCCCCUGACUAUAAACACACACCAAUGGAAAACCUCACUCUUCAGCCACAAUGUGGCAUCCCAAUUCUGAUGGAACCUUUGCUCUUAUAAGAUAGAUUCCGCUGUUGUUUUAUUAUCCAUAGCUUCAUCAAAUCUAAGGACUGAUGUGGGUUAAUAUAAUCUUAUCAUACUAGCUUCUGAAUUUUCCCUAAGUGUAUUAGCCCAGUGGUGGUCUUGAGGCUCACAGUACUCCAAUCAAACAAAAUGAAAGUUCUUCUUUGGGAUCAUUUAA